CGGCCCGCGCCCACCAUGCGGCGGCUGCGGCGCCUGGCGCACCUGGUGAUCUUCUGCCCCUUCUCCAAGGGCCUGCAGGGCCGGCUCCCGGGCCUCAGGGUCAAGUACGUCUUCCUGGUCUGGCUGGGCGUCUUCGCGGGCAGCUGGCUGGCCUACGUGCACUACUCGUCCUACGCCGAGCUCUGCCGCGGGCACAUCUGCCAGGUGGUCAUCUGUGACCAGUACCGCAAGGGCAUCAUCUCAGGCUCCAUCUGCCAGGACCUGUGCAACCUGCACCAGGUGGAGUGGAGGACCUGCCUCUCCUCUGUCCCGGGCCAGCAGGUGUACAGCGGGCUCUGGCAGGGCAAGGAGGUGACCAUCAAGUGUGGCAUUGAGGAGAGCCUGGACUUGAAGGCUGGGGCAGACACGGCCCCUCGGCGGGAGCUGGUGCUCUUCGACAAGCCCACCCGGGGCACCUCGAUUAAGGAGUUCCAGGAGAUGACCCUCAGCUUUCUCAAGGCAAACCUGGGAGACCUGCCCUCCCUGCCUGCGCUGGUCGGACAGGUCCUGCUCGUGGCCGACUUCAACAAGGACCACCGGGUGUCCCUGGCCGAGGCCAGGUCGGUGUGGGCCCUGCUGCAGCGCAACGACUUCCUGCUGCUGCUGUCCCUGCAGAAGGGGCGCGCCUCGCGGCUGCUGGGCUGCUGCGGGGACCUGUACAUCACCGAGGGGGCCCCGCACAGCUCCUGGCCCGGGGCUGCGCUCCCGCCCCUGCUGCGCCCGCUGCUUCCACGCGCCCUGCACGGGGCCCUGCAGCAGUGGCUGGGGCCCGCGUGGCCCUGGCGUGCCAAGAUCGCCAUCGGCCUGCUGGAGUUCGUGGAGGAGCUCUUCCACGGCGCCUACGGCACCUUCUACAUGUGCGAGACCACGCUGGCCAACGUGGGCUACACAGCCAAGUACGACUUCAGGAUGGCCGACCUGCAGCAGGUGGCGCCCGAGGCCGCCGUGCGCCGCUUCCUGCGGGGCCGCCACUGCGAGCGCAGCUCGGACUGCACCUACGGGCGCGACUGCAGGGCGCCCUGCGACACGCUCCUGCGGCAGUGCAAGGGCGACCUGGUGCAGCCCAACCUGGCCAAGGUGUGCGAGCUGCUGCGGGACUACCUGCUGCCCGGCGCCCCCGCCGGCCUGCGCGGCGAGCUGGGCAGGCAGCUGCGCACCUGCACCACGCUGAGCGGGCUGGCCAGCCAGGUGGAGGCGCACCACUCGCUGGUGCUCAGCCACCUCAAGACCCUGCUCUGGAAGGAGCUCUCCGACACCAAGUACACUUGAUGGCCGGCCAGGCCCUCCAGCUCUGCCCCAAGAGCCACUCCUGCCCUUGGCCCUCUCCCCCUUCCCCGCCACCAAAGGACGGGGCUGCUCCAGUGUCCAGACCCUACGGGUCCCCAGAGCUCAGGCAGCCGUGGGGUUCCCGCCCCUACACCCACCACCCCCAGGGUCUUCUAGGCUCCCAGACAGGACUGUCCAGCUGGAACAGGAGAAGC